ACACAUUCGGUUGGGAACUUGCCAGUAACAUUACUCAUUCGCUGUACGCGCGGACAAUCCGUUAUCGGCUGGGGCUGGUCACCCAACACAUUUGCGACCGCAGUUGUGUUUGUGCACCACGAACAUGUUCCGCCCGUGUCAUCACCAUCACCCGUACCCCGCGGCCCUGGAUCGCGAAAUCGAGGCAGACCGCUAGACUGGACGAUCUUCUACACGCUCGGAUGGCCGUAUUUGUAUUUGCUAUUGCGCUCAAAACGUUCGGCGACUUGCUGACGUUCGGAAGUGCACUGUGGUCGGUUGGUGUGUGUGGUGGUUCGUGGUCGGAAUGCAGAUCGCGGAUACUUGCACGGCGCAAGGAACGGUUGUUUGAGGAACUCUUGGAGCGCUGUUAUCGCGAGAACGAAAACAUGUCCUCCGAAUCGAUAGAUAGCUGUGAUUUUGCGUACCCCGAGGGCACUGCCUCUCCCGGUUCGGUGAGCCUCGACAAGAGCAGCGCGACCGACGUGAUCUACAGAGAAGACAGCAUCACCGAGGUGUCGCCCGGAUUGUGCUUCGUUGUGGCCGGGACGGUUCUGCUCACUUGCGAGCGCUUCUCCGUAAAUUUGAUGCUGAAAAACGAUGACAUUGCGCUCCACGUUAACCCGCGGCUGCCGCAGAACUACAUCGUGCGCAACUGUCGCGUGAAGCGCUGCUGGGGACGCGAAGAGGUGGCAUCGCCGCUCGCCUUCAAUCUGCACCGAGGGCACCGCUUCAACGUGCAGAUUUUGGUGACCGACGACGAGUUUCUGAUCUGCGUCAACGGACGCCAUUGCAACACGUUCAAGCACCGGCUGCCGUACCGGAAGAUUUGUGCGCUCGAGGUGCGGGGAGAUGUGCGGGAUGUGGCCGUCGAGCAGUGCUACAUGGAAUGCUAUCCGCAGCUGGAGCUCGAACUAAUCCAGCAGCGCAGUCCGGAGGAGCAGUGCGCCAUCGCUGAUGAACGCCUGGCGUGUCACGAGAAAAGCUGCAAACCGAUGCCUUACACGGGUGUGCUACGGGAACCGUUUACCGAUGGCAAAAAACUACACAUUUACGGGCGGGUUAAGCUGCUGCCACAUUCGUUCUACGUCAACCUGCAAACCAGUGGGUACGUGUGGCCCCACCCGAACAUCCUGUUUCACCUGAAUCCACGUUUCGGCAGCGUUGGCGGCCGGCACGUCAUUUGCCGCAACUCGUGGCGCAACGGGAAGUGGGAGCGCGAGGAGCGAUCGGAAAACAUGUCCGACUUUAUGCCCGGCAAACCAUUUCACCUGCAGAUCGACUGCACCGACGGCAGCUAUCAGGUUUCGCUCAACGGCAACCUAAAGGCGGAGUUUCUGCAUCGCGACAAUCCGCGUCUGGCCGAAGCGGUCUACAUUCAAGGCGACAUUAAAGUAUACGAUGUUGUCGUGGAGAAGGCCUACUAGAUGUCGAUUCAAACGAGUGCUCUUUGCUCAUACAAUAAGCGCGUAGGCUUAGUUACUUAGUUAGUAGUUGUGCUAAUGCCAGGCGUUAGCAAAUGGUGGCUGGUGGUAUGCCCAGGUUGGGCGGCUAGAGGCUUUCCACAUACGUCCAUGUCGCCUCUCGAUUUUACGUUAAAAGGUGCACCCGUUUCGGUGGAAGAUUCGGCUUUAAAUGGAACCAAAACGAGAACAAUAAAGUAGUCCUUAGAUAACGUAUUUGAAAGUUUUUCCUCUUCUAGUAGAAUUCGUCUCGAGAAUGAAUCGAAAAAACGCGGUCGGCCAUGCUCUUUAAAGCCGGCUUCGAACUUCGCUAUCAGCGGUCGGUAUUGGUUUCUUAUCACAGUAAACCUAAAAGCAAGUUUACAUGCUUGUUCGGUGCUAAUUAACAGCGACGCGCGAUUAAUUGUAUGAACUAGUUUUACAAAUAAAGUUGAAGUUUGUUUU